CCUUUCGCAUUUGGCGUCCUGUCCCCUCUCUUACUCUCGGGGUGUUCGCGGAGGGAAAGUAAAAGGAGGUCACGCGUGAGCUCCUGCAAUCGCCGAAGCGAAGCUCCUCCCAUUCCCAAACACUAGCCCUAGAAAAAGGCGAUAAAAAGGGGGAGGAAGCGAGAGAGAUCUGAGGCCGAGAGCGAGGUGGAGGAGGAGAAGAGGGAGGACAGAGAAGGGCGUCACGGGGUCGGAGCUCAGGGGCAGUCUCUAUCGGCCACCCACCCUCAGCUUUCUGAUCGACAGGCCCGAUCGGAUCGAGCGGCCGGCGCGGCGCCACGAUCUCAGGCAAUCGGCGUGGGGGGAAGGAGGGGGGGGGGGGGGCGUGGGUCCGCUGGAAGGGUAUCUGAGGGCCGGGGAGGAGGGGUGGUGAUGUGAGAAAGGGGACAGGAGAAGGGGAUCAUGGAUCGGGCAACGCUGACGGUCGGGCCAGGGAUGGAUCUGCCGAUAAUGCACAACAGCGACCGCUACGAGCUGGUGAGGGACAUCGGGUCCGGGAACUUCGCGAUCGCAAGGCUGAUGAGGGACAAGCUGACCCAGGAGCUGGUGGCGGUGAAGUACAUCGAGCGGGGCGAGAAGAUAGACGAAAAUGUUCAGCGAGAGAUAAUUAACCAUAGGUCUUUGAGGCAUCCUAAUAUUAUUAGGUUCAAAGAGGUUAUUCUGACUCCAACUCAUCUGGCUAUUGUUAUGGAAUAUGCUUCUGGUGGCGAGCUUUUUGAGCGCAUAUGUAAUGCUGGCCGCUUCAGUGAGGAUGAGGCCCGCUUUUUCUUCCAGCAGCUUAUAUCAGGAGUUAGCUACUGCCACUCUAUGCAAGUAUGUCACCGUGAUUUAAAACUGGAGAACACCUUGUUGGAUGGAAGCAUGGCUCCUCGUCUGAAGAUAUGUGAUUUUGGGUAUUCAAAGUCAUCAGUUCUGCAUUCACAACCAAAGUCAACUGUUGGAACUCCUGCAUACAUUGCUCCUGAAGUGCUACUCAAGAAGGAGUAUGAUGGCAAGAUUGCUGAUGUGUGGUCUUGUGGAGUGACUCUCUAUGUAAUGUUAGUGGGAGCAUAUCCAUUUGAGGACUCAGAAGAUCCCAAAAACUUCCGGAAGACAAUACAGCGUAUAUUAGGAGUUCAGUAUUCGAUUCCUGAAUAUGUCCACAUAUCUCCUGAGUGCCGAUGCUUAAUUUCAAGGAUUUUUGUUUCCGAUCCUGUUAUGAGGAUAACAAUCCCCGAGAUACGAAACCAUGAGUGGUUCUUGAGGAAUCUUCCAGCUGAUCUGAUGGAUAACGCCAUGAGCAACCAGUACGAGGAGCCUGACCAACCCAUGCAGAGCAUAGAUGAGAUAAUGCAGAUUAUAGCUGAGGCAACCGUCCCUGCAGCUGGUACUCAUGGGCUCAACCAAUAUUUGACGGGCAGCCUCGACAUGGAUGAUGACAUGGAGGAUCUUGACUCUGAUCCUGAGCUUGAUGUGGACAGCAGUGGGGAGAUAGUGUAUGCAAUGUGAGUUUGUGGUUGCCCUGGUUGAUAAAGACGGCACUGUUAUCUUUAGCUGCAGAUGGAAGUAUGGAACCAGGAUGUUCUGAUAUGGCUGCUUGGCAGGCCAGGGAAGUCGAUCCCACUUACCUUUUCUCAGCCUUGAAGGGGAAUAUAUUUAUCUAGAGUAACACAACCUUGGUGCUGUUUGAGUGUCAUAUGCCUUCAGAUUUGGAGAAAAUGUCCACUCUCGGCUGGCCCAGUUUAUGCGCCCCACUGCUUGUUUAUUAUCUGUUAUAAUUAACAAUUUGUGCUUAUUGUCAUGCAGUUUUUUUCUGGGAAAAAACUGUGUAAUCACCUAUCUCUGGGUUUUGUGCUGCUUUAAAACCCGCACCAUUCCUCUGCAAUCAUACUUCUAAAGAAAAUUGUAACUUACAGCAGUUGCAUUGUGUAAUUUUUUUCCCCCGUCUCUUGA